GCUUCCAACAGACGCCGCUCUGAUUUGUUUUCUUUUUUUGAGUCAGCUGAUAGCUGACGCUUCUGACUUCUGUGUUCGAGGUGAAAGCAAGCUACAUCCGCACGACACCGAAUUUACUAGUUGAGAUCGAAGCUCAGUGAAGGGAAAUCAAAGCUGUGUAAAGGAAAUAACAGUAACCAUGGCUCCAACAUUGUAUGAUAAGAAGCCGGAGCCAGGGGAUCUGAUAGAGAUAUUCAGAGGGAACUACCAGCACUGGGCUUUGUACGUUGGUGACGGCUUUGUUGUUCACCUGGCCCCACCCUCCGAGGGACCUGGGGCCAGGGCCAACAGCAUGAUGUCUGUGCUCAGUGACAAGGCUAAGGUGAAGAAGGAAGAGAUCUGGGACGUGGUAGGGCAUGAUCAGUGGUGCGUAAACAACCAGCUGGAUGAGAAGUACCAGGUCAGACCCAUACAUGAGAUACUGACGGAAGCCCAGGCCUAUGUGGACCAGGAGAUGCCCUACUGUGUCUUCAGAGGAAACUGUGAGCACUUUGUCACAGAUCUGAGAUAUGGAAAGGCUGAGUCUCGACAGGUUCGUCAGGUUGUGGAAACUGUGGGAAUGGCUGCAAUGGUGGGCUUCGGAGUCCUUGCUGUUGCAGGUAUCGCAGCGGCCAUCUUUGGAGGUGGAAGCAAGAAGAAGAAUGAAGAAAAAGAAGAAUAUAAGUGACCAACUGUAUAAUAGCUUCCUGAGCAGCCAGUCACCAAUAAGCCUAAUAGAUUAAUUUUUUAAACUACAGUACUGCCAUCGUCACUUGUAUAAUUCUGGUGUUAUCAGAAGGAAGGGUUGAGUAUUUCCAUAAUAUUUUUCUUUUUUAUAGUUACACAGACAUUAAUUGAAAGCACAAAAGGAGGAAAAGUGUCUGGUUAUAAUUCCAAGGUAUACAGCCUUGGAGGGGCCAUAGCCUUGCAGGCUCCUAGGCUAUGCUAGCUGUUUAAAAAAAUAUAUAUUUUUAUUGUCAGUUACUUAUAAGCAGUGGUGGGAAAAGUACCCAGUUGUCAUACUUGAGUAAAAGUUAAGAUAACUUAAUAGAAAAUGACUCAAGUAAAAGUGAAAGUCACCCAGUAAAAUACUACUUUAGUAAAAGUUUUAAAGUAUUUGGCUUUAAAUAUACUGAAGUAUAAAAAGUAAAUGGCAUGGAUAAAAUGUACUUAAGUAUCAAAAGUAAAAGAACCGGACUACA